AUGGCCUUAGAGUUGGUUGGCGGCGUAUUUGAAACUAUCGUUGUCCAAGAGUUAAUUGACACCAUCAAGUCUUUUGCUCAUGAUCAAUAUCGCCAUGUAAUAUCAGACCUGGAGAUCAAGCUGAAAAAUCUAGAGAUGAGCUACACAAAAGUUCAGUUAGCGCAGGAUCAAAUAGAUGGAUGUGAGCUGAUUUCGCGCUUAAGACUAGAGAGAGGGAAGGUGCCUUGUCUUUCUUGCAAAAUUGGUGUGUCUCAAGAGAUGGUGAACCUGCAGUAUAAUUUAGAUUCAUUGUCAAUUGGAGUGGCGAACUUGGCUUGUGUCAAAAUCAAUAGGCCUCCUAAAACUCUUGCUAGGAUGCUGGAUAUUACACUAGACAAUGAUGUGGACUUCAUGAGAAUGCGCGAGAAGGAAGAGAUUGUUGAAUUGUUGCUGGAUGCAACUAAUAAUAGAAGCUGCAGCAGUAGCAGUAGUAGCAGCGAUAGCUAUCAAUGCAAGAACAUUAUUUUGUCGAUAGAGGGGGUUUUAGACUUGGAAAAGGUCUUCAAUUCGGUGACAGUCCAAGCUUCCCCAGAAACCGAAAAGAUCAUUCAGGAGCAGGGGAAGCAGAGAGUGUUCAGAGACUUGUGUAAGCGAGCAAAGGUGUUAAUCAUAUUGGAUGACUUGUACAAUUUUCCAGUUCCACAAGAAUGGGAGGUCUUCGAAUCUAUUCUCUUCAAUUCCACCUUAAUGUACGGUGUCAUCAUCACUACUCGUAAUCCUGAUGUAACACGGUUAGUUACUUCUCUUAGUACUGUUCCUGUAGUUGCCUAUCAUUUGAAAGGGCUAUCAACAGAGAAUUGCCAAUCUAUCAUCCUACAGAAUUCUUCGAAACACAAGCAUUAUUCUUGGGACACGAUAUCACUUAAGGUAGCCGAAAAUCUCUGCAAAGGCUUACCUUUGGUGGCCAAUACCAUCAGACUUCAUAUCUCCUCUGUGUCCGAAGACAGAUGGUCGUCUAUUCAGCCAAGUGAUUUAUGGGAUAUCCCCAAACUUAGGGAACAAAUCUUCCCAUCAAUUGAGCUGAAUUAUACAAAUCUGUCUCGAAGUCUAAGGAAUUGUUUCUGUUAUCUCUCUCUUUUCCCUGUGGAUUUCCACUUUCAGAAGGAAGAUUUGGUUCGAUACUGGAUGUCAGAAAGUUUCAUUGAGCAAGAGAUUCCUAGGAACUCUUAUGAUCAUGCAAGAUUAGAAGAGAUUGGAAACGAUUGGUUUCAUGAGCUGCUAUCACGGUCUACAAUCAUCUACGACCGUGAGCUAGAGGUUUACCGAUAUGCUCAAGAAGUCAGUUCUUACAUAUACGUUCAGCUUAACAAAAAAGUUGAUACGUAUUGGUCCUCUUUGAGCCAGAACAGGCACUCUUCGAUGCUGUAUGUUUGCUUUCGUAGAGCACCACAUGUAUCUUUUAAUUUAAAAAAGAUUGCACCUUCAAUAUUGAAGAAAAUGGAAAAAUCUUGCAAGGGUCUCCGAACACUAGCCUCAUUAUAUGAGGGAACAAAACUCGCUAAACUAAGUCGUGGUCUGUUCUGUAAAUUACAAACUCUGAGAGUACUCAAUUUGAGUAACACUGACAUCAAAGAGCUACCUGGAUCGGUUGGGAAUUUGAAACUUCUACGCCUCCUGGAUGUGUCGUCGACAGAAAUUGAUAAGCCUCCGGUGUCUAUCACCAAGCUCAAUACACUAGAAGUCCUCAAAUUGACUGGUUGUUACAUACUCGAAUUGCCUAAAGAUACAACAAGGUUGGCCAACCUGUUGCAUCUCGAGGCAGAUAUAAAAACUUUGUGGCGUAUGCCCCCUAACAUUGGAAGGUUGUCGAAUCUCCAAACGCUUCCUGCGUUUGUUGUGGGUGAUGAAGAUGGGUGUCGAAUAACAGAAUUAAAGGGUAAGAUACAACUUCGAGGUUCAAUUUGCCUUACAAAUCUAGAAAGGGUUGAAGGUGAAGAUGAAGCUAAGGAAGCUAAGAUGAACGACAAGAAAUUUGUUAAAAGGUUGGAACUCGAAUGGAAUAACUAUCGAAAUGAUCAACUCCAAGACAAUGAAGUCCUAGCCGGACUUGAACCACAUGAAGAUUUGGAAGAAUUGCAAAUAAUUGGAUAUGGAGGUCCUGAACUGCGCCGCGUAACAUACAUGAGCUUUCAUUUUUUUAACAAGGCAAUACAGGAAGAAGUGAGUUUCCCAUCAUUAGAGUCACUAAGAGUUGAAGACAUGGCAAGGCUUGAACAAUGGGAUCCUGCAACGAAAAUGCCUUGCCUUUGCGAUUUCAAGGUUGUGGAUUGUCACAAGUUGAGAGCUCUACCUGCACUAGAUGAGUUUACUUCCUUAACUAAUCUGGUGAUAAGGAAUGACACUGCUUUGCAGUCAUUGCCUGACGAGAAAAUGCCCUCGUCUCUGAAACAGUUGAUCAUCGAAGGAAAUGCAGAGCUAGCAAGUAGAUGUUAUCGAAUCGUUGGUGGUGACUGGAAGAAGAUCCAAUAUGUUCCCAAGGUAUUCAUUGAUGGAAGAAUGUAUGACACCGAAAAUAUUUAA